UGGCCCAGAAAGGACACUCCUCCCCCUCGGCGCCCCUUCCUUCUCUCGGGCUUCAUGCUCCGGGGCUUUUGGCUGGCCGGGGGAAGCGGGAGCGUGCCUGCGGUUGGAGUAGUACCCAGUCAGGAAGGGAGGGGGAGGAGGAGGAGCAGCGAGAGGAGGAGGAGACGGAGAGCCGAAUUGGACGCUGGGAAGCGGUGGCGGAAGUGGAAGUGGCGCGCGCCCCGCACACUUGCCCUGGAAAUUUUCUCACAUGUCUUCUGAGAAGGCAACGAUUACAGUUCGUCUCAUUCGUUCCUUUGAGCAUCGCAAUUUCAAGCCCCUCGUUUAUCAUGGAGUUAAUUUGGACCAAACUGUAAAAGAAUUUAUCGUAUUCCUUAAAAAAGAUGUCCCUUUAAGGACAGGCCUCCCACCCCCAUUCAAGCAUUAUAAAUAUGAUAAAAUGAAGAUUAUCCAUCAGGCACACAAAUCAAAGACUAAUGAGCUUGUGUUGAGUUUAGAAGAUGAUGAUAGACUCUUGUUAAAAGAAGACUGGACUAUGAAAGCAGCUGGAGUCGGCAAUGAAACUGAAAUUGCAUUCUUCUGUGAAGAAGAUUACAAGAACUACAAAGCUAAUCCUGUUUCAUCCUGGUGAAGACUUCUGGGGAGCUUGUGUUUUGCAUACCUAUAGUAAGCUCUUUAUUUUGCUUAGUGAGGGUUUUUUUUUUUUUUACUGAUAAAUAAAUCUUAAAAGAUUAA